AUGAACACGGUGCUGACGCAGGAGCUCGGCCGCUUCAACAGCCUGACCAGCGUGGUGCGCAGCUCGCUCCAGGACAUGCAGAAGGCGGUCAAGGGGCUGCUCCUCAUGAGCUCCGACCUCGAGACGGCCUUCUUCGAGAUCUUCGACGGACGAAAGACUCCUGCAAUGUGGUUGAAGAACUCCUACCCGUCGCUGAAGCCGCUAGGGGCUUAUGUCAAUGACUUGAUCGAGCGACUAAAGUUCUUCCAGAAGUGGGUCGACGAGGGCCCCCCUGUGAAGUUCUGGUUCAGCGGGAUCUACUUUCAGCAGGCUUUCACGACCGGUGCCUCCCAGAAUUUUGCACGUAAGUUCAAGAUACCGAUCGACACUCUGACUUUCAAUUUCGAUUACCCGAAGGAGCAGGAACCGACUGUCAAGCCAGCCGAUGGCGUGUAUGCUUCAGGGCUCUUCUUUGAGGCCUGCAAAUGGGACUGGGACGCAUGGCAGAUCGCAGAAUCCGACCCCAAAGUACUGUUCGUCAGCGUGCCCCUGAUCCACAUCUUGCCGUGCAAGCAGACCGAGAUGACAGCUUUCCCUCACUACGAAUGCCCCUGCUACAAGGUGUCGACGCGCAAGGGCAUCCUCUCCACGACGGGCCACAGCACGAACUUCGUGAUGCCGAUCAAGAUUCCCAGCAGCAUGGACUUGACCAGAGCCACUGGAUCAAGCGCGGGGUUGCCAUGCUGA